UUUAUUUUACUCUAGCAAUCCCGCAUUGACAAAAAAACGAGAUAAAAAAAAUCUGUUCACUUAGCUCCAUUGCAAAAUGUUAUUAAUUUGUGAUUAGCUAAAAAUCAAUCGUUAAUUCUAGUUCUCUUUUUGAGCCAUUCUCUAGCGGAACGAUACUCACUUACUCUAUAUUAUAUCGUUACAAGCCAAUUAAAACAUCGUUUCCAUUCACAUUUUUACCCCAUUUCACACUACACAUUUUGGCAUGUCACGAUUUUGGUGCCGUUGCCGGGGAAUGGCAUAGUGUUAUUGGUUGAUUAUUAGUUAAUAUUUGUGUUUGUUAUUAUUUAUCUGGAGACGAAGUAUUUUUUUUACCCGUUCUCAUCACUUUCGUAAAAAAAAAAAAAAAUCAUUUCUCGUGCACUAAAAAAAAAACUCUUAAAAAAGUGUAUGCAUACUCGCUCUCAAGGGAGUGAAGGAUUGCAACCACGUAACCUUGAUUUUGAAAAAGAAUUAAGGAAAAGAAGAAAAGCACGAACCAUUGAACUUAAAAUUCCAGAUCUGAUCAUGGAGGAUUUUCAAAACAAUCCUAAUAAUCCAAAUGGCCAAAACCUAAUUCCAAAUCCAAAUCCUACGCCACCUCAAAAUACACCCGUUGAUACUCCCAGAGAUAGACAUAAUCCUUUCUUUGGAGAUCAAAGACCACCAGGAUUUGAAAAUUUCCAACAAAUUCCUCCCCAAACACAACCCCAAAUUUAUCCACCACAUCCCUACCAAAAUCACUAAAAUCAACCUCCUCCUCCAUAUCCAUACACUUACCCAUAUCCUUACCCACCUCCUCCAUUUAUGCAUCCAUACCAACCUCACCCAUAUGGCCAAUACUACCAACACCCACAUAAUCAACAAGAUCAAGGGCAAUUCAUGAGACAACAGCAAGGGAGAAGACUUCUUGAUUAUGUUGCAGGUGAAAUUGAGGAACAAGACAUUAUUCUCUAUCCAGGUGUGGAUGCAGCAAAUUUUGAGAUCAAACCAGGACUUAUCUCAUUGGUCGCAGCCAACAAAUUUGGCGGAUCAAAGAGGGAAGAUCCGACGAGCCAUGUGAAACAAUUCUUGAGAGUUCUCCAAACUCUUAAACUUAAUGGAGCCUCUGUUGAUGCUAUCAGACUCAGAUUGUUCCCAUUCUCACUGAGGGAUGAAGCAUUGAGUUGGUUGAACUCUAAACCAUCUGGUUAUUUCAACACAUGGGAGAAGUUGCAUCGCGAAUUCAUGAAGGAGUUCUAUCCUCCUUCCAAGGCAUCAAAAAUGAAGAAACUUAUCCAGCAAUUCAGGCAACAUCCAUCAGAAUCUCUUUAUGAAUCAUGGAAGAGAUUUAAAGACCUUCAAGUUCAAUAUCCACAUCAUAAUAUGAGCAUGGGUGAUCUCAUUGUCUCAUUUUAUGAAGGAUUACAUGAUAAUUCCAAAAUUGUUGUGGAUGCCUCUGCUCAUGGAGCUUUCAUGGAGCUAGAUCCUGAAACAGGCAAAGAGAUGCUUGAGAAAAUUUGUAACAACAGUGCAUCAUGGUAUUCUGAAAGAUCCACUCAAAAACUAGGAGCGGGAAUUUAUGAGGUCGACCAAACAACAGCUUUAACGGCAAAGGUUGAUUCUCUCACAACCAUGGUUCAAAAGCUCACAGAGAAACAAUCAUCAUCAACUUCUAGCACAUCAACAAAUCCAUCAUCAUCUUUAGCUCAAGUUUUGUUCUGUGAACUCUGUGGAGGAGGACAUUCUUUUAAGGAAUGCAAUCUUCUUGAACUUACACAAAAUGUUCCUUCUGGCCCCACAGUAGAACAAGCUAAAGCUAUAUAUGGUAGACCUCAAUUACCAUAUCAAGGAAACUAUAACCCUCAAGGGAAGAGACAUCCAGGAUUCUCAUGGAGCAACCCAUCAGGUGCAGCAAAUUCAUCUUUUCCAUCCAAACCAACACCUCCAGGAUUUCAAAAUCAACAAGGAUUCAGAGGAGGAAACCAAAACAACCAACAAUUGAGGGGAAAUCAAGGGUAUCAAAAUCCUCAAGGGUACCCACCGCAACAACAAUUUUCAUCACCUCCUCAACAACAACAACAAUUUGUUGGAGUUAAUGAUUUCCACCAGAUGAUGCAAGGUAUUACUAAUCAAUUUUCUCAACUCACCACUCAACUCAAUCAAAUUCAAGCUCACAACAAAAUGCUUGAGAGCCAGAUUGCUAGUUUUGCUUCACCAUCUACUAGCAAAGCUCAAGGCAAAUUGCCUGCCUACUCUGAACAUCCCAAGGAGAAUGUCAAUGCAAUCACUACAAGGAGUGGAAAACAACUUUCUGAUCCACCACUUGUAGUUGAAAAAGAAAAGAUAACUGAAAAAGAGACUUCACCAUCAAAGGAGAGUAACGAAGAAGGUCUCAAUUUUCCAACACAAGAGGGCACGAAAAAGGUAGUUCAACCAUAUGUUCCACCUUUACCAUUUCCUUACAGAGCAAAGAAGAACACAAUUGAUGAGAGGAGGGAUAAAUUCCUCAAAUGGAUCGGACAACUUAACACAACAAUUCCACUUCUUGAUGCUUUGAAACAUAUGCCUUCAUAUUCCAAAUUUCUGAAGGAAAUUCUGUCAAACAAAAAGAAGUUUGAAAAGAAAGCUACCGUAGCCAUGAGCGAGGGAUCCAGUGCUAUUAUUCAAAAGAAACUUCCAGAAAAAUUGAAGGAUCCAGGUAGCUUUAUUAUUCCAUGCAUUAUUGGAGGGUUCAUGGUCAACAAAGCUUUGUGUCACCUUGGGGCUAGUGUUAGCCUUAUCCCUUAUUCUAUGAGCAAACGACUUAGUCUUGGUAUUCCCAAAGCUACUUCAAUAACCAUUCAGCUUGCUGACCGAUCUGUUAAGCACCCUGUUGGUAUUCUAGAAGACAUUCCUGUACAAAUUGGGAAAUAUUUCAUCCCUUGUGACUUUGUCGUCCUAGACAUGGAUGAAGAUGAGCGAGUACCUGUCAUAUUAGGAAGGCCUUUCUUGGCCACUGCUGGUGCCAUCAUUGAUGUUAAAAAAGGUACGUUAAUAAUUGAAGUGGGGGAUGAAAGGGUUGAGUUCAAUAUUUUCCAAAUGGAGAGAAAUCCUUCAUGUGUGGAAGAUUGUUGGAGGGUUGAUAUAGUUGAUGAAUGUGUGAGAGACUUCAUGGGAUUCUUUCACAAAGAUCCUAUGGAAGCUUAUGUUGUGGAGGAAAUUGAAAAAAAUCAUGAGGGAGAAGAGUUAGUUGAGUGUGUAAAAAACAAAGAGAGCUGUGAAAAAAAUCAUGAGGGGGGGGGGGGGGGGAAGUGGACAAACUGGAGAGAGAAGAAGUGAGGGAGACUAAUAGCACAAAAGAACCACCCAAAGUUGAGUUGAAGCCUUUACCAUCACACCUAAGAUAUGCUUAUCUUGGUGAAAACUCUACUUACCCAGUGAUUAUUAGCACUAAAUUGAAUGAGGAGGAAGUAGACAAGCUAUUGGUCCUAUUGAGAAAACAUAAACAGAUCAUUGGAUACUCCAUCGAUGAUCUAAUUGGCAUCAGUGCUAACUAUUGUAUGCACAGAAUUUAUCUUGAGGAAGGAUGCAAACCAGUUGUUGAACAUCAAAGGAGACUUAAUCCUAACAUGAAGGAUGUUGUGAAGAAAGAAGUUAUCAAACUUCUUGAUGCUGGUAUCAUUUACCCUAUUUCAGACAGUAGAUGGGUAAGUCCAAUCCAUGUUGUACCAAAGAAAGGAGGUUUCACAGUUGUUCCAAAUGAGCAUAAUGAGCUCAUUCCUACUCGCUUGGUCAGGGGAUGGAGAAUGUGCAUCGAUUACAGGAAGCUUAACAAAGUCACAAAUAAGGAUCAUUAUCCUUUACCUUUCAUUGAUCAGUUACUUGAGAGGAUGGCAAACCAUAGCCAUUAUUGCUUUCUCGAUGGAUUCUCAGGAUAUUUUCAAAUCAUGAUCCAUUCAGAUGAUCAAGAAAAGACUACCUUCACAUGUGCCUAUGGUACAUUUGCUUUUCGAAGAAUGUCAUUUGGCUUAUGUAAUGCACCCGGAACUUUCCAACGGUGUAUGAUGGCUAUAUUCUCUGAUCUUAUUGAAGAAAUCAUGGAGGUAUUCAUGGAUGAUUUCUCUGUCUAUGGGACCUCAUUCGACUCGUGCUUGGAUAAUCUUGAUAAAGCAUUGAGUCGUUGCCAAGAGGCAAAUCUUGUCCUAAACUGGGAGAAGUGCCAUUUCAUGGUAACAGAAGGAAUUGUUCUUGGGCAUAAGAUUUCAUCCAAAGGCAUUGAGGUAGAUCCAGCAAAGAUUGAAGUGAUCGAGAAGUUACCACCGCCAACAUCUGUUAAUGGCAUCCGAAGCUUUUUAGGGCACGCUGGAUUCUAUCGGCGAUUCAUCAAGGAUUUUGCUCAUAUUGCAAAACCAGUCACAAGACUCCUAUCCAAAGAGGUUGAAUUUAUCUUUGAUGAUGCUUGUCUUAAUUCUUUUUGUAAAAUUAAGAAAGCAUUAUGUUCUGCACCUGUCAUUCAACCACCAGAUUGGAGCAUGCCUUUAAUCCUAAUGUGCGACGCCAGUGAUUAUGCUGUAGGAGCCAUGUUGGGACAAAAACAAGGUCGUUGCAUACAUGCAAUUUAUUAUGCAAGUCAUACUCUCGAUGAUGCUCAACAAAACUAUGCCACAACAGAAAAAGAGCUACUCGCAGUUGUCUUUGCCAUAGAGAAGUUCAGGUCAUAUCUUGUUGGAAGCAAAGUGAUAGUUUACACUGAUCACUCAGCUCUAAAGUACCUGUUUGCAAAGAAGGAGGCCAAGCCACGACUUAUUAGAUGGGUGUUGCUACUGAAAGAGUUUGACAUCGAGAUCCUUGACAAAAAGGGGUCUGAAAAUGUCAUCGCUGAUCACCUGUACAGAAUUGAGUCACACACAGAAAAUAAAGCGACCAAAGAAUUACCCAUUGAUGAUUCAUUCACGGGAGAAUAUUUGCUCUCUGUCAAGCACUUUUCUCCUUGGUAUGCUGAUUGGGUUAAUUACCUGGUCAGUGGUUAUAUUCUUUCCGAAUUUUCGUGGUCCCAAAAGAAAAAGUUCUUAUAUGAUGCUCGCUCUUAUUUUUGGGAUGAACCACUAUUGUUCAAGAGAUGUGCUGAUGGAAUUGUUCGAAGAUGCAUUCCGGAAGAUGAGUUUGAGGCUAUCCUUUAUCAUUGUCAUUCAUCACCAUAUGGUGGUCAUUUCGGAUCCACAAGGACGUCAGCUAAAGUCCUACAGUCAGGUUUCUAUUGGCCUACAUUGUUCAAAGAUUCUCAAAUGUACGUGAAAAGAUGUGAUAGAUGCCAACACACAGGAUCUAUUGGUCGCCGAAAUGAAAUGCCACAAUCCGGAAUACUUGAAGUUUAACUCUUUGAUGUAUGGGGAAUGGACUUUAUGGGACCAUUUCAUAGCUCAUGUGGCAAUUCUUACAUUCUUGUGGCUGUGGACUAUGUUUCAAAAUGGAUUGAAGCGAUUGCUAGUCCAACAAAUGAUUCCAAGGUUGUGAUCCGGUUUGUGAAGAAAUUUAUUUUCUCAAGGUUUGGAGUUCCGAGGGCCUUCAUCACAGAUAAUGGUACACACUUCUGCAAUAAGCAACUUGAGAAACUUUUGCUCAAGUAUGGUGUUAAUCACAAAGUGUCUACUCCGUACCAUGCACAAACUAGUGGCCAAGUUGAACUCUCAAAUAGGGAAAUCAAAUCAGUCCUUGAGAAAGUUGUCAAUCCCACAAGGAAAGAUUGGUCCCUCCGACUUGAUGAUGCUUUAUGGGCCUAUCGUACUGCAUAUAAGACUCCUAUUGGCACAUCACCGUUCAAAUUGGUGUAUGGGAAGUCUUGUCACUUACCAGUGGAGAUUGAACACAAAGCAUAUUGGGCUAUCCAAAGCCUAAACCUUGACUCCACACUGGCGGGGCAAAAGAGGUUGUUACAACUGAAUGAACUUGAAGAAUUCAGAAUUGAUGCCUUUGAGAAUGCCCGACUCUACAAGGAAAGAGCAAAGAAAUGGCACGAUGGGAGAAUCCUUAGGAGAGACUUUUCUCCUGGAGAUAGUGUGCUACUAUUCAACUCAAGGCUAAAACUCUUUCCAGGAAAGCUGAAAUCAAAAUGGUCUGGACCUUUCAAAGUUAUCAAAGCCUAUCCAUCCGGGGCAAUCAUUCUGGAGGGAAAUGAUGGGAGACAAUUUACUGUCAAUGGCCAAAGAGUUAAGCAAUAUCAUGAAGGAGAUGACACAAAGGAGAAACUCACUGUUGAUCUGGACAAUCCUCCUUACGAAUAAAACACUCAGGUAAUGUCGGGCACACGACGUUAAAAAUAGCGCUUCUUGGGAGGCAACCCAAGUUUAUUUCCUUGCAUUUGUAUGUGUGUUUUGUUUGUGUGUUUGCAUUGCAUGAUUUUUUUUCCCACCCAUUUACUCACCCGCCCUGUAUAUAUUUGUCCCAUCGAGGACGAUGUUUCAUCCUAAGUGUGGGGGGAGAAUACGCAUGUUUGUUUGUUUGCUUGUGAAUGGCCUUAUCAUCUGUUUAACUUUCAAAUCAUGCAUUCUAUUCUUUCAUAUGGUAUGUGGAUUGUUGGCGGGACUUGUCUCUUAAUAAUUGGAUUGAGAAUCAUAAUUUUGAGCGUUGAGUAAAAUUUUGGUCAAAUUUUAAACUUUGUACACACACAAUACAUCUCAUGCACGCAAAUGGUUAUCUAGUGAAAUUGUUGUUCAACAUGUUUAAGAUUGUGCAAAACAAGAGUGUUAUGUGAUUUUAUUUUCCUUGACAUGAUUUUCUGACUUAGCACAUUAGGAAAUGAUAUAGGCCAUUUUUCAAAAAACCCAUAUACCUAGCCUUACCCAUGUGAUAAAUAUCCCUUGCUCACCCCUUUGAGCCAUUUUUUUAAUAAGCGUUAUACGCUUAACCCUAUUUUUGUUGUUUUCUUUCAUGAAAACCUGUUAUAUGUGACCCUUAGCCUAAAAGCCAAUCACUAUCCAUCCACCCUAAAAUGAACUUGCAUAAAAUUUUAAUGAGUUUAGAGAGUGUCAUUCACCUUAAGGGAGCUUCAUUUACACUUUUGUGAUUACUUAGUUGUUAAUAUUCAUUUAUAGGGGUAGUUGUUCUUGUUGUAUCAUCAUUGUACAUAUUAUUCUUGUAAAUUCUUACUGUUAGAAGCAUGAAAUAAGCCUUGAAAAAAAAUCAAAAAAAAAAAUUGAAAAAGAAAAAAAAAGAAAAAAAAAGAAAAUAUAAAAAAACAUGAAAAAAAGAAGAAGAAAAAAGUGAACAAGGCUAAAUGUCAAUGUAUAUGCUUCUCUCUUUUGUAUAUUUUUCUUGUACAUUAAACUACUCUUUUUACUACCCCUAACUGUUGAAAAUAACAAGUGUUGUAUAGAUUAUUGCCAAAAGCUCCUACACACUACUUAGUACCUCUUUAAAUUUGUUAAAUUUAUGUCAAGUUCAUUUCUUUUGUUUCCUCAUUAACUCCCUUUGUUCAUAAGCCUUUUCCCUCAGACCCCAUUAUAACCCAAUGUAAAAAGUCCUAAUUGAUUCUAAUUUUGUUUUGUCUGAAAUAAGUUGAUAGGAAAAUCUUAUUUUGCAUAAAUUUUGCAUGGUUGAACAAACGAAGCUAGAUAUCAUUUGCGCACCACACACUUUGUGCUUGUUAGAGUUGAGAUUUGACCAAAACGUUUCAGAUGAUAUGCAAAAUAUUUUUAUGAUUCUCACUACUCUUAUUUUGAGACAAGUCAAGGAAACUUGAUUGAUCAGGUGGAGUGAAAGGAAAGUGUGCAUGUUUUGAGAAUUAUACAUAUGAUUUGGAAAUUCAUUUUUGCUUGCUUGUUUGUGUGAAUGUAAAUAUUUUUGCUUGAGGACAAGCGAAAUCUUAAGCAUGGGGGAGUUGAUGUACUCCUAAUUUACCAUAUUUAUGAUCUUUUUUUGUCACACUUUUAAUAUUUUAUUUCUCAUUUUUAAAUAAAAAGGAUUGAUUUUUAUCAUCUUGGACAUUUUAAGGUAUUGCACUUGUUUUGGUAUAUUUUUUAAUUUCAGGGCAAUUUGGGGCGUAAAUUAAUUUCUGGAAAAAAAUAAAUAUUACUCCCGAGUGAAGAUGGAAAAAUAAUCAAAGUGAAGCGGAUCCUUACUUUAACUCUAGAAUAUUUUAUCAAGAAACCCGAAAUAUACUUCAGAAUAAAUCAGACUGUCCGCAUUAAAAUGUAUCGGUUAACCGUUGACCAGUUAACUGAUCAAAUAGCUAACCGGCCAAAUAAUGCAAGCGGAUAAGAGCCAAAACUUUGGCUGACAUGUACUGUUCACUCCUUAUUAUGAGUGAAAUUUCUUCCACGUACAAGCUCUCAAGAAGGAAAAAUAAUGAAGUGCAAAUGCAUUUCAUUGAUUGGAGUGGAGGGACCUACGAAGCAACUAAAAUCAGAAUCAACUUCUUCGCUCCAGUCGGCCAUCACCGAGAACAACAACAACAUGAUAGCAACGAAGAAAAGAAAUACAACAGAACAGGAGUGGCACUAUUCACACAAAGAAAUUGAGAACCUGGCAAUCGCAUCUGAUGAAGACUGAAGUAAUAUCAUAGCAAAAUAAUUACUUAUCAACAUCUUCAUUUCAGAAUUUUAUGCUUUAGCCCCUUUUCCUACUACUAUAUAAAGGGUCAUCCAGGAGCUACAAGAAACACCAAUUCGGAGAGAAAUCUUCUUCCUCUUUUCUUUAGCUUUGUUCAUAGUAGUAGUCAUAUAAUCAAAGUGAUUCUGUCAAGAACACUUUCUGUAAAUUUCAGUUCGUAAUUUCCAUUUCCAGAAUUUUAGUUCUUUAAUUUCAACAAUCAACUUCAUUUGGAAAGUAUCAGCCAGAAUCAUUCUCGGUUGAAGGAUUUCACUUUCUCUAUUCCAUCUCAUUAUUUAUGCCAUCAAGUUCUUAUUCAAAUACUCAUUUUAUUUUCUUUAAUCUGUUAAAUUAAUUAUGCCUAUCAUUAGUUUUACUUUUAUUUCGUUUACUGUAAUUAUGUGCAACUAAAUUAGUUUAGGUUUGGGCAAGAUGUAAUUUUUACUGUUAAUGUUCAUACGAUAAUAAUUGGUUAAAACUAUUACUUGGUUAAUUUUAGGAGUGUUGGGUUGAAUAUUCUAAUCUGCUAAAUACAUUAUAUUGGGAAAUGAAUAUUAUCACGGGAGUGAAAUUUCAUUAAAAUCCAUUUUUGUUAAUUCACCCACUAAAUUGCUACACGGAAGUGUUAAGGAAUUUAGGAUAAUUUGAUUUUGUACUUUUUACUGUCUUAAUAAAAUUACCGCGGGAGCGGAAUUAAUUUGAGAUAGUGUAAUCAACUAAGUCGUGGGAACGAUUAGAAGAUUACCAUUUGUAAAUCUUUCACACACCUAAAAGUAACUAAGUUAAUUAGUUAAAUCUUUAUUAUUAUGAACAUCAAAAUAAAAUUACUCUUAGCCCAAGCCUAAUUUUCUCUAUAUCAUUAAUUGUUAAAUUACCAAGUAUUGUGAUUUAUUUUACUCUAGCAAUCCCGCAUUGACAAAAAAAAACGAGAUAAAAAUAAAUCUGUUCACUUAGCUCCAUUGCAAAAUGUUAUUAAUUUGUGAUUAGCUAAAAAUCAAUCGUUAAUUCUAGUUCUCUUUUUGAGCCAUUCUCUAGCGGAACGAUACUCACUUACUCUAUACUAUAUCGUUUCAAGCCAAUUAAAACAUCAUUUACAUUCACAUUUUUACACCAUUUCACACUACACAUUUUGGCAUGUCAUACACAUUCUUCCAGAAACUCUUCAAUGAUGCGUAGCGUUCCAUCACAAUACUUAUGUACUUCUUCCAUCAACAGGAUACGCUUCACACCCUUGUAGUCUCUGUAGAUGAUUCCAGUCUCAGGAAAUGUGGUGAUUUCGCCUUCUUCAAAAUUUUCUAUCCAUAGAGAUUUAUUUCUCGGAGCUGUAAGAUUAACUUUGUUGAGGUUGCUCUCAAUCGCCAUUUGUAGAUCUACCAAGAAGUAGUACUUGAUCUGUCUUAGCAUGAACCUCUUGAUAGAGUUGAGUCCUAGUUCUCUGUCUUUCAGUGGUACGUCACUCAAUCUUACAUUUCGAUAUUCAAAGAGCAGCUAUAUCAGAUCUUUGGGAAUGACAUAUAGAAAAUCAGCUUCUGAUACUCUUUCAAUCACUUCGUUCUGUCUUUCAAACUCAAUGAUCAGAUAUUUCACGAAGCCACAUUGAUGGAUUUAUACUGAGGUGAUCCCAAUGAUCAAUGAUUAAGAAUGCUUCUUCAAUCUUUCAUGAUGUCCAUAAGGAUCAUUCUGAUCAGUAGACAUGUUUCUCAGCAUCCAUAUGUGUCCGAAAGCAGCAGUUCCUUCGAGAUGCUCUAAUCCACGGAGUUUCAGUUUAUCUAUCUUCUUGAUAUUCUUCUGACUUCUCCAAAUCAUAUGUCUCAGAUCUUCUUGAAACGGAACGAAAAUUGUGACGUUUUCCCAUGGUGUCUCGAACUUGUCUUCUAUUUUGGAUUCCUUGGGACGUCUUUUGAUCAGAUUUUUGACUUGAUGCAGAUCAGGAAGUGGAUCAUCAUAGAAUUCUCCUUGAACGAUUUCUUCUUGUUCCAGCUCCAUGAGCUCUUCAGUAGUUUUCUUCUUCAUCUCUCUGAUGUAGUUCAACUUGGGACUGAAGCAGAUGAAGUGCAUUGUGAACUUUGUGGAACUGUCGAAACCUAUGGAAUUGAUGAAACAAAUGUAGAGACGGGUAAUAUAACGUCAAGGUGACAAAGACUUACUGUUUUCAUCGUUCUAAUGGCUUGAAGACAAUGGUGAAUUCGAUGAUGCGUUGUCGGGACAUUCUUCGCAUCCUUGGUCAACAUCCAUAGUGGAUCAGCCUAUGGAAGUUCUUGUGAGGAUACAGUGUCCAGGCACAAUGGUUGAGGGUAAGGAUGGGGUUGGUGAAGGAAAUGUGAUCGGUUGGAACACGAUUGAGGCUAAGGAUUGAGAUGGGGCAUCAGAAGAUGAUGUUGGACGUCGUGAGGAUUGUGAAGGUUCAGAGUUUGAGGAUGAAUAUGGAAUUAAGGCUAGGGAUGUUUGCUCACAAUUACGCGGUCUUUUCUCCCCCUCAUGAUGAUCUGAAUCAUCAGUCUCAUCAUGUUUACGCUUAGGCAGACGUUCUUGAUCACGACAAGAGGUUUGGAUGUAUGGUGGGGCAAGGGCUAGAAUGUCAUGGACUUGGAUAAGAUGUGGUGGUAUGUUGGGUUCAGAUAAGAGGUGUUCGAGGAAAUAUUCAGAAAGGUCUAGGAUGUUAAGGUUUGCGGAGUUUGUUUGAGAGGUAGAAGGUGUGGAUUGGGUUGUAAUGGGUAUGGUUGUGGUUUGAGUUGAUGGAAGUGUUUCUAUAUAUGAAAGGAGUGGGGUGUGAUCCUUGGUCUGCUAUGCCUGUUGGGACUACAGGACGUAGUUCUUGAAGAGAAAGUUUAUAAGCUAGAAGUUGAGAUCUCAGAUCCUCCCUAGUAAAACUAGCAAAGGAUGAAAAUCAUGAUCUAAAAGUAGACUCAUUUCUCACAGCAUCACUAGAAAUAGUAGUGUCGUGGCCUGCUGGGGAGUUCAGUGUGGCAAGACUUCCAACUGUCAUAGGCGUACUUCUAUUUUUUUUUUUGGGAAAUGUAAAUAUAUAUAGAUGUAAUAGUUCUGUACAUCAUGUGGGACAAAAAUGUAGACUAUCCCAAGUAGGGAUGUCCUAUCACCACCAAAAAAGAGCAAACAUGUAAAGCUCUAUGAAGCCCAUAGCAAAAACCUAGGUGACGAGAGUAUCAAAAAAUUAUCAUAUGCGUAGGAUACAUGGAAUAUAGAACUUUGUACACCAUGAACUUAACAUGGCCGAUCAUAUCUUCCACCUUGUAAGUAGCUCCAUCAAAACGUAGGGAGUUCCUUAUCCUCCAUAUCCAAUAUAUGGUGAAGUUGAAUGCAAUCCUCAUAGCUUUAGCUCUAAUGUUCGCUCCCUUACAUUCCUUUUGGAUCCAUUUCACCGAGCUCUUUAGUGAUGUCAUUUUCCUUGCCAUGCCUAGCCAUUCACGUAUUGCCUUCCAAACCUGCCCUGUAAUAUAGCAUUCAAAGAAUAGGUGUGGCGCUGUUUCUAG